AUGGCUCAGCAGCUCCCACAGAGCGGCCUGACCGGCGCAGAACGAGAUACGGCCUUAGAAGAGCUCAAAGUUUACGGGCGAGAUCCAAAAGACGCGGAUCCCAUAUUUACCACGGGAGGCAUUGAAACACUCACAAAACAUGCAUUUAAUAGCUCUUCCGCCACAACAUCGCGAAACGCCCUACGAUGCCUAGCCAAUUCGCUGCUGAUCAAGCCAGAAACCCGGCAAAUCUUUGUUGACCUAGGUUACCUGGCGAAGGCCUGCAACAAACUCAAGACGGGCAACGUGGACGAUGAAUUCCUCGUAUCACGAAUCAUCUUCCUCACCACCUAUGGCACCAGCGUCAACCUGCAGGUCUUGAUUGACCAGCACCACUUGGCCGAUGCCAUCAACCAAAACAUCGCCCGUCAUGCCAAGCUGUGUCCGUCAAAACCCGGCAGCAGCGGUAGCGGCGGUAGCAGCCCCAAGGCCAAAGCCAAAGCGGAUCCCAUGAUAGACAUGGCGCUCACUGAGACUGUCAAACUGCUGUUCAACGUCACACACUUCUGCACAGGUCGGGCGGACGCGUUUACGCCGUCCAUCGCACCAAUUGUAACCUUGAUUUGCAAACACGAUACACCGCAGCCGAAGCCCCUCGAUCCGCCGCUGGGUUCCGUGGUCAACGCUCUUUUGACGCUGAACCUGUCCAGCGAGAAGGGACUUGCAUCUCUGUUCCCCAAGAGCGAGCCUGCGGCGCUCACGGAGCGGCUCAUUCAACUUUUGGACCUGUCGCUGCGCAAAUAUGCCGACACGGAGCUGGACACUGCAGUGCUGCCAUUGGUGUCCGCGUUACGCAAGAUCUAUGAGCUGGCGCCCGUGGGGACCGUUCGGUCGACCAUGCACGCCAAACUGCUCCCUACCGAGGCCGACCGCAAAAAGGUGCUCGGGCGCGGCAACAGCCUGCCUUCGUUGAUUCUCAAGCAUACAACGAACGCCUUGGCGCCAGAGCUCCGCAAUGCGGUCUCGCACAUGCUCUUUGAGCUCUCAGACAAGGAUGCGACCAAGUUUGUGCAGAACGUUGGUUACGGCUUUGCCUCGGGUUUCCUGUUCCAGAACAACGUGCCCAUUCCCGAGGGCGCAACUGACACGUUCCGUGCCGCAGCUGCUGCGGAAGGAGGCAGUGGACGUGCAAUCAAUGCUGUGACAGGCCAAUUUGUCGACGAGGAGAUGGCCCCCAACGAGCCCGAGAUGACAGACGAAGAAAAGGAGCGCGAGGCCGAGCGCCUGUUUGUACUCUUUGAAAGAUUGAGAAAAACGGGUAUCGUUAAUGUCGAAAACCCUGUCGCAACAGCUGCACGAGAGGGCCGCCUCGGCAACGACAAGAUUGAUGGCAAAGACCGAGUAGAGGAGCUGGACGACUAG